CAUUGUCCCCGGGAUGAGAAGAGGACGGGUGUUUCGGCAGAAAAGAACAGGGAAAUGAAGUUGACAGACGGGCAAGCCCAGCAGCAAGUCACUCUGUAAUAACUAGGAAGCUAGCAAGUUCGAUGACAGGGGUCACUAGAAGUGAAAUUUACGUCAAAUAUCACUGCUAUGAAUGUCUCUAGUUUGAGGAAGUUGUAGCUACAGUUAGGGGACGUUAGGGUAGCUACAGCUGUCAGACAACGUUACAGACUUUUUCAAAGUAACGUUACAGUGGAUACUGAAAGUGGAGACGACUCGCUAGCCCGCUAGCUCACCUUUGGUCACCGAGCGUCUUUGAAGUUCAAAGCUACCCUUCAUUCGAGAUCUGGUCUUGGAUUACCUGUCUUCAGCCAUGCCUUUUCCUUUUGGAAAGUCUCAGAAGAACCCAGCUGAGAUAGUGAAGAGUCUGAAGGACCAUGUUGCAUACAUGGAAAAGCUGGAUGCUGGUGACAGCAAGAAGUGUGAAAAGGUUGCAGAGGAGGUGUCCAAAAAUCUUGCCUCACUGAAGGAAGUACUUUGUGGAACAGGUGACAAGGAGCCCCAAACUGAAGCAGUGGCUCAGCUUGCACAGGAGCUGUACAACACCAACCUUCUCAUUUCUCUCAUUGCAAACCUACAGAAGAUUGAUUUCGAGGGGAAGAAGGAUGUGGUCCAUUUGUUCAGCAAUAUUGUGAGACGUCAGAUUGGCACCCGCACGCCCACGGUAGAAUACAUUUCUACACACCCACAGAUCCUCUUCAUGCUUCUCAAAGGAUACGAGGCUCCAGAAGUGGCUCUUAACUGUGGGAUGAUGCUGAGAGAGUGCCUGCGUCACGAGCCUUUGGCGAGGAUAGUGCUCUUCUCUGAAGACUUCUUCUGCUUCUUCCAUUAUGUGGAGCUCUCAACCUUUGACAUCGCCUCAGAUGCUUUUGCCUCAUUCAAGGAUCUUCUCACGAGACACAAGAUUAUGUGUGCAGACUUCCUGGAGAAUAAUUAUGACAGAGUGUUUACAGAGUAUGAAAAGCUUCUGCACUCUGAGAACUACGUCACAAAACGGCAGUCUUUGAAGCUCCUAGGUGAACUUCUCCUGGAUAGGCACAACUUCACUGUCAUGACGAGGUACAUCAGUCGGGCAGAGAACUUGAAGCUGAUGAUGAACCUGCUGAGAGAUAACAGCCGAAACAUCCAGUUUGAAGCAUUCCACGUCUUCAAGGUAUUUGUUGCAAACCCCAACAAGACUCAGCCCGUGAUGGACAUCCUUCUGAAGAACCAGACCAAGCUCGUGGAGUUCCUUGGCAACUUCCAGACGGAUAGAUCUGAGGACGAGCAGUUCUGCGAUGAGAAAAACUAUCUGAUCAAGCAAAUCAAAGACCUGAAGAGACCCACAGCGUCCGAGGAAGCUUAAUGCAGUCGUUCCAUGCCAAUAAUGGGACGACUGCUGUCAGGUGGUAGAUUUUAGAGGUGGUGGUUCAAGAGGAAAAAACAAAACAAAAUAAAAACAUGCAUCAUUAAAAGUUAAUACUAAGUAUAAAAAAAUAGGAAAAGUUAAGAUUACUUCCUUCACUUUCUGGCUUAGUGUGGAUGUGGAGGUUCUUUCCAUCCAGCAACCUGAGUGGGCCAAGAACUGUUAUUUAAACCGCAGUGCUUCUUAUUUAGUGAUAACCAAAUGCCUUUUGGUUCCUUCUUCUAAUGUUGGACCUUAAGCUGUUACUUUUCCACAUACAUGGAAAUUCACAACCAGCUUGAGCACUGAGGUCAUUUUCCAGAACUUGUACAUGCUUUAGAGAUUGAAAGGUUGAGAGGUAAAUAUAUUAUUUUUCUAAUGUAUCUUUUAUGCUAAAACAUUUAAAGCCUCCAGUAACUCUUCUUUCCGAAUGAUGCUUAUUCUCAUUGCUUAGGUUUGGUUUAUUGCCUCUUUUUUCUUUUUUUUUUUUUUUUGGAAAGCUGUUCUUUGUACAGGGACUGUCUUUAGAAAUCCAGCUUUAGAAGAGUGGCAGGUCAGCUCAUAUUGGGCAGGUCAGCUCGUAGUAGUAACAUUUGGCAAUUAUUGCGCAGUUUUCAGGCUUUCGUUGGCGUGCACGCGAUUACGCUGGUCAGAAACGACCCCGCAGUGCUGCACUAGCCAAUGCAUUAGCUGUCACAGGAAGAGAAAAUCAAAACCAUAGAGGAAUCAAUUAAUUGUACUGUGAUUUUUCAGGCUGUGCUCAGCGACGCUUACAUGACUGAAAUAGAAACAAGGCAUCAGAUAACCCCGCAGGCUACCAGCCCAUCCGUUCACAGCUAACGCGGACAGCCAGGAUACACCAAUUGAUCUCGCUGGAAGCGCUUCAUUUCUUCUUCACGUUCUAAAACUGAUGGCAACAAAUUAACAAAAAAUCAUAAAAAUGUUACACUGUUACACCUGAUAUAUUCAUAUCGGAGCACGGUGUGUUAUUGAACCACAGACCUUUAUAAUAAUGUUAAUCGGGGUCGUGUUUUCCCCUGGGUAAUUUCACUGCUACACUGGACUUGAUUAGUCUGAAGACUGAAAUAUUACUAAAACAAAAUGACAUUUCACCUCAGAAACCACACAAAUGCAAACUCCUAACCACACCAUCAUUCACUUAAUACAGAAGAGACAAACUGCUUAAGGAGACGGUAAAAUGUUAGGUUGGCUCUCUUUUCUGAUAUGAUUAUAACAGUGACACAGUGCAUAACAACAUGCCUGCAAAGCAUCAGAACAGUAGGUCCCAUCGGAUGUCACAGUAUUGUCAGGAUAACCACAUGCACUGUUCCACAUGAGAUUUUUGGAUGAUGAGCACUGACUUUACUCCUCACGUGCAUCACCAGAGCUCAGUUGAAAUAAUUGCCCUAUUUCUGCUGUUGUUGUUGUUAUAGUGGCUGAAAUUACAGCGUUUCAGAAUGCGUUGUCUGUGCAGACUGUUAGUGUAUAUACCUCAUGGGAUUUGAGUUUGCGGAUGCUGGUUUGUUUUUUUUUUCUUUUUUCUUUUCCUUGACGAGAUAUUUAAUUUGACAUUUGACCAAAACAAAAGCACACAGCAGUGGUUUGAAUGCAUGCCGACAUGUGAUACAUUUGUUCCGACAUGAGCAGGGACUGCAGCCUGGUUUUCACAAUGGAAAACUGGAUCCUUUUUUUUUUUUUUUUUAAACUUAAACUUUUCAUUGUGCGGUACCUCACAAAUGUUAAUUCAUAAUGAAUUGCAGUGUGGUACCUUGUAAUGAAUUUUUGCCUUAUUUAAUGACAUUUCAUGGAUCAUGAUUGAUCCUUUCAAUUUCUAAUUUGUUUUAAACCAAAGCUGAUAUGAAAAAAAGGGUUUAAAAAUGUAAAAGAUUAAUUAAAAAAAUGUUCAUUUCAGGUCCCAAAUACAUUAGCAGUUAAUUUCUCGGGUUCAUGCGUAGACCAGGUUUAUUACUAACUGCGAUACUUGCUUAUAUGUAAACCCUGGGAGUGUAAAUAUAUUUUAAGAGAUCUGUAGUAGGCACCACACAGUGUAGUUUUCAGUUGGGUUGAUUUGGCUUGAUCAUUCUUUGGUCCACUUCAUGAGACCGUCACAAAGAGUGAGGACUUUCAGGAGCCAUUAAAUAAUUUGAUAAACUUGCUGUGAAUGUGGUACAUGAUGCAUAGAUAAACUGAAGUCCUACACACAGUGCAUUGUCAUGUCAUCAGUUUAGAAACUAUAAAACAAAUUAAAACUGUGAGAAUAUAUUGGGUAUAAUCCGUAAACACAGUGGUCAUUACUGAUGUCUCCGUGCAGUUGACUUAUAGAUUUACUGAGGACAAAAAGUCUGUUAUCAGUAAUAAUUAAAACUGUUUACGUUUUGUUUUUGUUUUUUAAUGGAAGGAGGGAAAAAAAAUUAUUGCCCGUAUGAAUUUGUAUGCAGACUUUCUUGAAAUUUGGCCCCAGUCAUGACAUGCACUUUUAGAAGGAUGUGUUGUGCGCAGCCAUCCCACUAGGGGGUGCUGUUAGCAACAGUUGGCACCUUGUGUUAGUUGUACAAACAAAGCAUUUCAAGUUUCUUUAACCCUACCUCCUGUUAUGAAUAUACGAGUCACUGGCAAUAUGUAGUCACAAAUUUAAAUUCCUUAAAAUCAAUAAUAUGUAUGAAAUGAAUUAAACUUUUCUGGGUUAUUGUGCUUUACGUUUUUUUGGACUCUGUUGCCUUCUUUUCUUUCUUUACCUUUCCACACUGGAUAUUUUAUUUUCUUCGGGAGCAAAUUAUGUGUACAUAACUUUAUAAAGGAUAAGUGAAGUGUGAAAGCAUUC